ACCAUCUGUUCAUCAGUGCUCUAUUCAUCAACACCAAGGGAGGAUGUCAGAUCUGGCUCAGCCACAUGGCAACCAUCCACGGCGUCCAGGUUUCAGACCUGCAUAAGAAGGUCACCUGGGAGGAUAUGGCAAAGGAAUGGUGGAAGCGGUUCAUAGUGGAUGACGCACCCGCGCUCGCCAUGAACCGCAUCUUCGCGAUGGCUCAAGGGAGCACACCGACACGUGACUGGCUCACGGAUUGGCAGAAGAUCGUGGCCACCCCCGAUCUGGACUUGCCAUUUCCGCAUCUGCGCCGUGGCUGCUGUCCAACCGCGAAGCAACAACAAGUCCCGCAACAAUGGGAAGGCGAAAUCCGCAUCGCAGGCCGAAAAUGGACAGCCAGUACAAGUUCCAUGGGUCAAGUUCGGCUUGACCGAGGCGGAGUACAAAGUUCACGGCCGCUACGGCAGCUGCUAUUGGUGCAACAGCACCAAGCACAAGACCUCCCUGUGCCAGGAUCAGGGCAAGGAGGAUGUGCGACCCCGCCUCAGCUCGGGAAACUGAGCUCCGCGGAAGGUGAGGCGACUCCACCUUCCACUCCGCCAGAUUCGGCCGCCUUGCUAGCAGCCUCCUGUACAUCUGGGGAGGACGCGAAUGUUGCAAGUUCUCGUUACUCUUACGAGGACUAUGCUGUCUACUUGGUUCCACCGCUGGACCAGCCGCUCCACGUGCAACAGUCCACCGCAUGCACGGUUUCAUCACCAUCGGCAACCGAUUCGGCACCUUCGCCGCAAUCUAUCGCCGGGGAUUCGGCGUCAUGGUCAAGACUUGAUGAGCUCGACCCGUUGACGUUCACGGACUUCCAGUGGAUGCCCGUUCCCUCGACUGGACGAUUGCUGAAACUGCAUUGCAACGUGCUCAUGGCACAACUGCGGGAUUACUUGCACACUUCAGUACCGACUCCGUUGAUGGACGCCGGAGUAGAGGUUGUCGACCUUCACACCUACAGUGCGAAGAUCGACCGCGAGUUCAAGACGCAACGCAGCGCCAGCAAGACGAGGCAGCAGCAAAGGCCGCCGAUGAAGAACGACUUCAACGACCCGAGAAGAUAUUCAGCGGAGAGCGAGCUUUGCUCACAAUGGCAGCGGACUGGCGGGCCGAGGCUGAGAAUGGGAAGUUGGAAGAGAGCGGAAACAAGAUCGCUCUACUCCUCUCCCAUCUCACGGACCUCCUGGCCACAUGUUGCACAACAGGAGGACAUUCACAAUUUCGACGACGCGGUUCAGACACACAAUCAGGUGUUUGACCAACUCACCAUCCGCCUCCAGCAGCUGGAACAAACCGUCGCCGCCCCUGUUGCCAGCUCUUCCAACACCUCCGAUCGCCUCGAGGCAUUGGAGAUUGACGUCGGAUCCCUCAAGGACGACGUGCAGUUACAACAAACUGCAAUGCAACAGUUGGAGCAGGAGAUCUGUACUGCCGCCACCCACUCGAGCUCGGAACCGCGCGAGACGACUCCAAGGUUUGAUGAUCAGGAGAUCUUUCGCAGCUCGACGAAGACGGACCAGAUUCCAUGGUUCCGCAAGUUCGAGCUCAAGUUGCGGCUCCACCACGUCGGCGAACACAAGCACCACACGUACUUAUACUCCCGGUCAGGGGGUGCGUGCCAAGCAUGGUUGGACAAUCUCUUGUCCAAGUACGGAGUGGUGGCUGCCGACUUGCACACCAAGAUCAGCUGGGAUGAUCUAAAGGCGGCGCGGCAUAAGCGGUUCCAAGUAAGAGCGGCCGAAGAUCAAGGCAAUGGACAAGCUGAUGGUCUUCGAACAAGGCACGCUGCCGAGUGUUGACUGGAUUGCCGAGUACCAACGCUUGACAUCCGUCCCAGACAUUCAAAUGGGCUUCAAAGCCAUCAAAUACUACUUCAUCUCGAGGUCGUGUCCGACGUUGCGCAAUGCCUUGAAUCACGUCGAGGACACUUUGACAACACUGGUGGAGCUCUUCGACAAGGCCGCGCAGAUUAUUGUCACGAACAAGGAGGCUAAGAACCUCCACAGUUCGUCUGCGACAGGCUGGAGCAGAGAUCGGCAUCGGCCGAAAGUGGUCGUCGUCGCGGCGGCAACGCCAAUCGACCAAACUAGCGAGGUCGUGUCUGCCAAUGAAGGGGACAGACUCGC